ACUUCUCUCGCACAUCUUGAUUGGCCGUCUUGAGCCAGAUCCACUUGAAUGAUUUCAAACCCGAGUGUUUGGACAAGAAGGAGGAGGAGGGAGGCGGAGGUCCACUGAUAAUUCCGAGCUGGCUGGGUGGAAAGGAUUGAGCCCUCCGUCCACUAACGCACCGCCUCACUAAAGAGGUUUAGCAGAGGAGACGGUAAAACACGUCCGAGAGAGCUCCGCCGUGGGAAAAGUGGCUUUACUAUAGGUUGCGUGUUUACGCGAACAUUCGCUGUUCUGCGUGAAAUCUGAUUUCAUUCACGUUUUUAAAACAGAAAGAAGAGCCAGGCUGUUGUGUUUCAUGUUUUCCAUCAUUUGAAUGGAGUGGUGUCCAGCAGAGACGGUGCUCACUGUUAUGGGUCGCGGUGUGUUUUGCUGACAGGACUCUGCGUCCGGUACCUGAUUGGAAAUCACAGUUAAUCGAUUUCCCGUCGGUUGUGUCGGUUACUGACGGAAUGUGAGUACCAACUGUUGUUUCUGUGAGUAUUUUUUGCCAGAUUAGUCUGUGGCAUUCAGUUAUUCCUCGGGUUGCCGUCGCAUCAUAGUCAUAUAUAUAUAUAUAUUUUUUUUUUCCAUGUUAUUAUCGGCCUGUUGAAGAUCAGGGCAUUAACGAUACUUUCAGAUUUUGGACAAUGUAUUCGUAUUUUAACACAAUUCCGCAGUUGAGGUUAGGUUAAUGAGUUUUGAGAGUUAAUUUCAAGCAGCUGCAUAAACGAACUGAGACUCGUAGCCGCGAUAGUCAUGGCUAAAAAUCCGUCCGAGGGGCCGAAGGAUGACCUGAGCCAGCUGACGGACGACGAGCUGCUGCGGUGCAGCAAAGAGGAACUGGUUAGGAAAUUACGGAGGGUUGACAGCGAGAAAAUGAACUUGAUGAUCGAGCAUGGCAACAUGAUGAAAGACAUCAACCGGCGGCUGCAGGUGCACCUUCAUGAGAUCCGGAACCUCAAGGAGAUCAACCAGAAGCUCCAGGAUGACAACCAUGAGCUCCGGGAGCUUUGCUGCUUCCUGGACGACGACAGACAGAAGGGCAAGAAGUUGUCCCGGGAGUGGCAACGCUUUGGCCGCUACACCGCCAGUGCCAUGUGGAAGGAGGUGGGCACCUACAUGAUGAAGUUGAAGGAGUUGGAGGCCAACCAGGAGACUGUGUUGAGGGAGAACUCUGAACUGAAGGAGAUCAUCCUCAUGCUGGAUGAAGAGAGGAAUGGGGCAGGGUCCAGGAGCUCUAUAGACAGCCAGUCCAGCUUGACCAACCUGAACGGGGGCACCAGCACGGUCAGAGAUGUUGGAGAUGGGAGUAGCACAUCUAGUACAGGUAGCGCUGGCAGCCCCGACCACCACAAUCACAACCACAUACACAAGCCCUCAGAGAACAGUAAGUUGGGCCCCACGAUGAGAAGAUCCAUGGACGACCUGUCGGCACCACAUCAUCACAGAAGCAUCCCCAAUGGACUUAACGAUUCUUCCUCCAACUACAUCAGGCAGCUGGAGACGAAAGUGCGGAUACUGGAGGAUGAUAACAAUAAGCUCCUCUCACAGGCUUAUAGCCGAUAUAGCUUAUCACAAAUACAGACGAAAAAGCAGUGUAACCCAGGUGACCUUCGUGCCCUGAGGAAGGGAAUGACUCUGUACCACUCAGAGUCCCAGCUGUCCUCACUGCCCCAGCGCCAGGAAGCCAUGCACAUGGGUACCGGCCGUCUACCAACCAGCGAGUCCUCUCCAGCCACGGGCUAUCUGUCCUGCGUCCAAAAGCCAGAGGCUGUGGUCCAUGCCAUGAAGGUGCUGGAGGUCCACGAGAACUUGGACAAGCAGGUUCCUGAAGACUAUGAGGAUGAUCUCAGUGAGAAAGAGAAGGCCAUUGUUCGAGAGAUGUGUAAUGUGGUGUGGAGAAAACUGGGUGAUGCAGCAGGAUCAAAGCUGUCCAUCAGACAGCACCUCUCUGGGAACCAGUUCAAAGGCCCGCUGUAGCAUUUCAACCAUAGAAAGGGAGAGAGAUGUCAGGAUCGACGCUCACCUGAAAUACCACCUUCUUACCUGCGCCUACAUGACCUAUCAUUGCCAUGCUCCCUCCUGCCGACAGCACCCAGCAUUCCUCCGACAAACACUCUCGUGAGACUGGCUACAGAAUGGACCUGUUAGUCUGUUGUUCACGUGGACAGCUUUGCCUGUAUACGUUUUUCAGUCACUGAGCUUUUGUUGACAACCGGCAGCUAGUGUCACCGAUUCACCGCUUUUCUGCUUUGGUUCGGAGGUUUUCAGAUGCACAAAAGAUCUCUCUCUGUAAACAACUACAAACACACCCUGCUUUUUAGUCCUUUUAGAGCCUAGCUGUGCUGUAAUAAGCUAGGAAUAAGACGUGGUUUCAAGCACAGGGGGGGUUAGAAGUCAGCAUCAAUGAGGCACGUCCUUCAGAUGAGUUUUAAUUGUAGCUUCUAUAGAGACACCCCCCCCCCCAAAAGCUCUUGUCACAUGUAUCCUCCAGUGGUCAAUGAGUAUAACUAGCGUUAGCGUUCUAUAAUGUUAUAGCUAUGUGAAACCCACUGUGACCUAGCGCCUUUUGCUCGUAAGACAAGUCUAUGGAUAAUAAAGUCUAGAGAUCACUGUUAACUCGUGUAUAUUAUGUAUAAAACCAUAACAUUACUUCAUUGUUACUGUUGAUUUUACUUUAUUUUGUAUUCUAGCGCGGCCAUGUGAUCAAUAAUUGAGUUUUAAAACACACACACAUAUACACAUACACACACACACACACACAUAUAACCAGACCUUAAACAGGGUUUGCUUUUGGUAAUAAACUUUUUUUUUUUUAUUAUUAUUAUUAUUCUUUUCCAGAUGGAUUGCUCUUACUCCUUCUCUCUGUAACCUUCGUUAAAACGUAUCCUGGCCAUUCUGAAUCUGCUGUCUCAGUCUGUUUAAUGGACAGAUCAAUUUUCUUACUUUUGUGAAACAAGCUAAAAUUGUAUGCUGUGUGCAUGCUCGACAAUCAUUUUCUCAGGUUGGGAGGGCUACAGCUUUACCUUUGUCCAUCUGUGAGUGUGCGCGUGUGUGUGUGUGAGGAGACUGACUGGCUCUCUCGGAGCUGUAGCAUCUGCCUGUGAAUCCUCUUUUUGGCCAUUGAACCCCUGGUUACAACCCAACUGAAGGCUGCUGAAGACAUUUUCUGAAUCCAUCCAAAACGAGCCUUGUUGGAUCAAGGUAAAACACUAAACCUCCCCGCUCAGUUUGAUCUGCUCUGAAUCAUAAAUCUCUUACGAUGGGAUGGGGGGGGAUCACUUAGAUACUAGACCUUUCCUCUCAUCAUGGAUUCAGCAGGUGUGUUUAUGCAGUGCAUGUUCUCUUGAAGCUGAAUCUCUUUAUUUUUCUCUUAGAAUAUGAGGUAAGUCUUCCCUUUGAUGUCUCCAUACCAUAAAACACUAACAUUUAAAAAAUGAGUAUUUCUUGAUGUCAGAAUGAACAAAUACUGUUUGUCAGUGUAUUUAUUGCCAGGUGUAACAUAGUAAGAUAGAGAUGGGAGCGCAGUUGGUAACUGCACGGUCACGUUUUAAACUUCUCUGAUUUUAUUCCAUGUAUAAAGUGUUCUGAGGAGUUUGCAGAGUGACUGACGGCUCAGGCUCUCCCAUCUCUAGUGUUAUUUGUUCCAAAUUAGAACAUUUCUGAGGUUACUCAUUUGUGCACCUCGGUACUCUCAAUUAAAGGGUUAAAAAAAAAAAUAAUAAUCAAAGUCUGAUUUUUAAAAGUGUCCUUUUUUCUAGGAACCAAUUUGAAGCCAUGAUACAAUUUUGAAUACUUUAUAUAUGGCAUUUGAUUUGAAACGUGCCACAUUGUUUUUGUCAUUGUUUUAAUUUGGAACCCGACUGUCUAUUUAAAAAAUGAAAAAAAAAACAACAAAAAAAUCAACAUCUGUAGUGUUUACUACUUUUUUUUUUUUUGCCUAUAUGCUAAAUCCAUAGUACAGAAACCUAGAACCUACAGUGUAAAUGUCUAUUCCUGUAGUAACUAGCAUGACUGGAACUUCUUUUCCUGAAAUUCACCAGUAAGAUGAAUAUUUGGCAGGUGAAAACAAAAACAUGAAAUAGGCCACUUUUAGAAAGAUUUGGAAGAAAAUAAACAAGUUGCUUAA